AUGAUCUGCGUGGAAUGCACUAACCCGGACAUCAAAUGUCUUUACUCCCGCUUCAAAAGCAAAUACAUAAAGCUCACUGUCUGCUCUAAGUGCGGCAAUUUGGCUGACAAGUACAUCGAGUUCGACAAUGUUCUUGUGUUUCUAGAUGUACUUCUCCUAAAAGCUCCAGCUUAUCGGCACGUCGCCUACAAUUUGGUCGAAAGCGCCAUAUUCGGACACGCGGAGGAUGAUGACGGUGCGCCUGACUCGCUUAAACCACCCUCUUAUCGCCCCCUUGCACGAUACUUUGUGCUUUCCAUUCUCUUCGAGGUAUACCUUAAAUGGGCCUAUGAAGAGAGGAGCUCGCAACACACACUCAUGAUGGGCGUUGUGUUGGAAUACGCUGAUGCGUGGCAAUACUUCUAUUUCAUAACGUCGCUGUUGGUGGAGCGGGUGACGUUUUGUGGUCUUCUCUACCUCAUGUUCAGACACCUUCUCAAUUGGGGCCUGAAACCUAAUCAAAAUCUUCCUGCGCAUCUUCAGCGACUGUACUACAUAUGCGUGCUCAACGUCGCUAUUUUCUUGUCGCUUGUAGUGAAAUGUCUUCCAAUCGUCAUGCUCAUAUGGCCCUACGACAAUGCUACCAUUGCCUCGACUGUCGUUGAUGUUUUCGGAGUUUUUACAACCAUAGAAGCUCUUAAGAUGAUCGCAAAUUCUUCGUACAUCUCUACAAGCAUUAUAGUCGCGGUGGCUACAGUGGCGCUGGUUGCAGUGAAACAGCUAGUGAUGAGCGCGUUGGUGGCCUAUAUCUUCGAGGACUUUAGCUGUUCUGUCCUUUUUCAAAACGAAAUACAGCGUGUCCUCGGUGAGUUCAACCUUCUUCGGGAACUCUUCCAUGCAUCACUCAGAGAGCUUUAUUAG